AUGAGCGGUGGGGGGUUUAGGGUUUCAUCAAUCCCAAACAGCGUGAGGAAAACGAUCCAAAAUAUAAAAGAGAUCACGGGCAAUCAUAGUGAAGAUGAGAUUUAUGCAAUGCUUAAAGAAUGUUCUAUGGAUCCCAAUGAAACCGCUCAGAGGCUCCUCCUUCAGGAUCCUUUUCGUGAGGUCAAAAGAAAACGUGACAGGAAAAAAGAGAGUUUGAACAACAAAGAGUCUGCAGAGCCUCGGUGGAGAUCUGGUUCACAGGGAAGGGGAAGUAGGGCUGGCCGGGGGAACUUCUCUCCUCGUUACACAGCACCUGAGGCUGGUGGCGCCAAGAGUUCUGGUUCUGGGAGAGAUAAUGGAACCAAUCAAGUUGGAGAGAAAGGCAGUGGUCAAUCCUUGUCAACCUCUCAGGAGACAAAACUUAAAGAAUCUACUCUGGUAGCCAGCCCUGUACCUGUGAUGGCCAAUGGUCCUACUGGUGUAGUGGCUGAAACCUCCUCUGCGCCUUCAAGAAAUGCUGCAAAACAACUUGAAGCAAAUUCUUCUUUCGGCAACAAUGAGUUCGGGACUGCACCAUCCCCUGUUGAUGCAAUAAACAAACCCACCAUUGCAUUUGGAAGUGGGGACAUAAGCGGGCGGCCUACAGCAAGCUCUAGUGACUGCUCCAUGUUGACUACUCCAGUGUCUUCAUCAGCAAUCUGCUUCUCGUCUUCAGACCCUGUACUAGUUCCAUCUUGUGAUUCUCGGCUCCCUGGCACUUUGGGCACAAUCAAACGCGAAGUGGGAAGCCACCGGGCUUCCACUGAACCAAAUGUCCCUACUGAAAGCAAAUUAGCUUCUGCAGCUACGGAGAUGAGUAGCUCUUUCAUGCAAGGAAAGAUGCCAGGCAAAUCCUCAGGAGUAGUGAAAAAUCUGCUGAGUGAGACUUCCCAACCGUCAUCGACAUCAACCUAUGGUGGUUCUUCCGGGAGUCGGCCUUCAUCCAACUAUAAUGCGCGCUCACAACAAAUAGCUGGCCCUCAGAAAGUUGGUUCUAAUAAGGAGUGGAAACCUAAGCCAAUCAGCUCUAAUGUUGGGCAAGGUUCUGGAACAGCUGGUGCAUCUGAAGUUCCAACUAUUUCAGUUGAAGCCAAUGCUCAGUCACAGCCUGUUUCAAGUAUUCUGGAUUCAGAAGAAGCAACUUCAAAAUUACAGAAGAAGCUGGAGGAGUUACAUCUGCCACAACAGCAACAUGUUAUAAUUCCAAACCAUAUCCAUGUCCCUGAAUCCGAAAGAUCCAAGCUGAGUUUUGGAAGUUUUGAUGCUAGUUUUGGAGUAACAUCGAGCUAUGUUGGUGUUCAGGAGAGCGAUAAGAGUUCUACACCCUUGUCUGAAACUUCACAGGACGUUGAUGAAACUGCAGAGGAACAGGCUUCAAGCAAUCAAAAUGCAUUGGCAACUGCUGAAGAAGGAGAUUACACUGAUCAUCCACCAUCGCCUGCACAUGCACCUGAAAAUAUGUCUGGUGAGGGUGAUGUCUCUAGUUCCGUUCCAGAGUAUAAUGAAAACAAGCAGGAGAAUGCAUUGCUCUCUGGAGGGCAACAAUACUCUGUGGUCCAUACAUCUCCUAACUACAGUUUUGGUAUUGUGCCUCCAAUAUUAUCACCAUUUGAAAACUCUGAAUCUCAAGCACGUGAAGUUUCUCGCCUUCCAAGCUUUGUUGUUCAACAACCAUUUGAUCCAGCAACUUAUUAUGCCCAAUUCUACCGUUCAAGUGUUGAUAAUGAUGGUCGUGUUUCUCCCUUUCCUUCUCCUGGAAUUGCCACAAAAUACAAUGGAAAUGUUGCGGUACUGCCUCCACAGACUUCUCAGUCUCCUCAAGAGGGUGGAAACUCUUUGGUACUGACUACGGCAAGUCCAACUCCACUAGUGACUCAAGCUGCUGGGCUGAUGCAAAGUUCUAUAGCUGUGACUCAGCAACCAGUCCCUGUCUACCGCUCACCAGCUGGGGUGCAUUUACCACAUUAUCCUCCAAACUACAUUCAGUAUGCACCCUUUUACUCCCCUUUCUAUGUUCCUUCUCCUGCCAUCCACCAAUUUAUAAACAAUGGCGCAUUUCCUCAACAACCUCAAGCUGGUACUGUUUACCCUUCUGCGCCAGCAGCGCCUACUACAGGAGUCAAAUUUUCGCUUCCUCAAUUUAAACCUGGAAGUAAUACAGCAAAUUCUACUCAUAUUGGAAUGCCAAGUGCUUAUGGGCCAUAUGGCUCUUCCCCAGCGGGUUAUAAUCCCAGUUCUACUGCAACAACUGGGAACUCAACCACAAAUGAGGAUCUUGGUGCAUCUCAGUUCAAGGAAAGCAAUGUCUACAUCACCGGGCAGCAGAGUGAAGGUUCUGCUGUAUGGAUUGGCCCUCCUGGUCGAGACAUGUCCAGCCUGCCGGCAAGUUCAUUCUAUAACCUUCCCCCUCAGGGUCAGAAUGUAACUUUUGCUCCAACACAGGUUGCUCCUGGCUCCUUUGCUGGUAUCUAUCAUCCACAAGCAGUAACGGCAGCAGCUGUUCAUCCUCUUCUACAACAGGCUCAGACUAUGGCUGGAGCUGUUGAUAUGGUGGGACCUGCUGCCAGUGUUUAUCAGCAGCCUCAACAUGCACAGAUGAACUGGCCUAGUAACUAUUAAAGCAGGGAUAAAUGUUUUCGUUUUUGUAAACCAACCAAACAAGACAUUCAAUGUCCAAUCUGGGGUAUUUUUGGGAACUCCAACAGGUUUGAAUGGAGAGGAGCACCAAGAAGAUACAACAUUGGCCAGAGUUGAGAGUGUAAAUCUGUUUGAGGAGGCUGGGAAAAAAUUGCCAAAAGGAUCUUCUGUUUGCUUGGGUUGAGGGCAUAAAGGAUGCAGUUCGCCUGUAACUGAUAUUUGACCAUUUAAAGUUAGUGAAGGUAGGCAUGUGCAGGUCUUUCUCUUGCUAUAUGAUGUUAGCAAUUUUCCAUUUCAUAGUUUUAAGCUUAUGCCCCUCAUUUUUUCUUUUGAAGUUUUUGAACUCUUAGAUCUGCUAUCUUGAGUGCUGAGGAUCUUUUCCAUUCUUUUUCUAUUUAUUUGAGGUUUUUUUAGGAGUAUUGGAAGGUAAGAUUUAGGUUGGUGGAAAAUUCUUUCCAAUUCCUUUCUUCUUAUCUUUCCUCUGUCUUACCUGUAAAGUGAAUUUUGAUAGCAGGAAAAGGAUGUACUGAACUGUUGUAAUUGGUAUAAGCAAUUAAGCAAAGGCGAACAGUUUCAAUUGUUUCUGUU